AUGGCCAUUAAAGGACGAAUAACAGAAAUUUUUAGCCGACUUAAUCCAAGAUCACAGAAAAGCAAGGAUGCAAGCGACAAGAAGGAAAAAAGUUUCGAUGAUUUGAAAAAAGAGUUAACAAUUGACGAUCACCGUGUACCAUUGCAAGAACUCGUUGAACGUUACCAUACAAGUGUUGAGAAUGGUUUAACAACAGCAGCGGCUGCCGAAGCAUUGAGAGUAAAUGGCCCAAAUUCUCUUACACCGCCCUACCAAACACCGGAGUGGCUUAAAUUUGUACGAUUACUAUUUGGUGGUUUUUCCGGUUUAUUGUGGGUGGCAGCUGUUCUCUGUCUUUUGGCUUAUAUUAUUCAAGUCGUAUCAGAUCCCACAACACCAAAAGACAAUCUUUAUCUAGGAGUUGCAUUGAUUAUUGUCGUUGUUAUCACAGCCAUAUUUGCUUAUUAUCAAGAGGCUAAAGCUGGAAAAAUCAUGGAUAGUUUUAAGAAAAUGGUUCCACAACAAGCCACUGUACUACGUGAUGGUAAACAAACAGAGAUACCCGCUGAGGAAUUGGUUCAAGGUGAUGUUGUAUUUGUUAAAAUCGGCAAUCGUAUGCCGGCUGAUGUUCGUAUUUUAUCAUCCCAAAGUUUCAAGGUUGAUAAUUCAUCGCUUACCGGUGAAAGUGAACCAUUGGCAAGAUCACCAGAUUGUACUGACGAUAAUCCAUUAGAAACAAAAAAUCUUGCAUUUUUCAGUACAUUUGCUGUUGAAGGAUCUUGUACGGGUAUGGUUGUUCGCACUGGUGAUAAUACGGUCAUGGGAAGAAUAGCAGCACUGGCAUCGGGUCUCGGUCAAGAAAUGAGUCCGUUAAAUGUUGAAAUUGAACAUUUUGUACAUAUUGUCACGAUUGUGGCAAUAUCAUUUGGAAUUAUAUUCUUAGUUAUUCUACUAGCGUUAAAAUCUUAUUGGAUCACUGCAAUUGUGUUUGUUAUUGGUAUCAUUGUGUCCAACGUUCCUGAAGGUCUCUUAGCUACAAUAACUGUUAUGCUUGCACUGACAGCUCAACGUAUGGUAAAGAGACAAUGUUUAGUUAAAAAUUUGACAGCUGUCGAAGCUCUUGGAUCCGUAUCAACCAUUUGUAGUGAUAAAACAGGAACAUUAACUCAAAAUCGAAUGACCGUUGCUCAUAUGUGGCUCGACGCAAAUAUAGUAUCAGUUAAUUUAUCUCAUACUCAUGAAUCUGAAAUGGCAUUUGACAAUCCAGUUACCGAUCCUCAAACGGGUGAACAAUCAACAAAACUCGCAUCAACACGUCCCGGAUAUCAAGCAUUAAUUCGAUGUGCAAUGUUAUGUGCAAAAGCAGUAUUUAAACCAGACGAAGAAAAUAUGGCUCAGUCGCCAUUACAACGCAUUGUGCAAGGUGAUGCAUCUGAAACAGCUAUUUUGCAAUUUACAGAAAUUGUUGUUGGACAAGUUGAACAAUAUCGAGCAAAAAAUAAAAAAGUGUGCGAUAUUCCAUUUAAUUCAACAAAUAAAUAUCAGCUAUCUAUUCAUGAAACGAAUGAUGAUGGUGAUGAAAGGCAUUUGUUGGUAAUGAAAGGAGCUCCGGAACGAAUAUUAGAACGUUGUCAAAAGAUAUUUAUUAAUAAUAAUGAAAUUGACUUGAAUGAUGAAUGGAAAGAAAAAUUUAAUGAGGCCUAUAUGAAUUUGGGUGGUCUUGGUGAACGUGUGUUAGGUUUCUGUGAUAUGAGAUUACCAUUAGGUAAUUUUCCUCGAGGAUUCUCAUUUGAUCCAGACAAUCCCAAUUUUCCAAUAAGAGGUUUAAGAUUUCUUGGAUUUAUCACAAUGAUUGAUCCACCUCGACCAGGUGUUUCUGAUGCUGUUCAAAAAUGUAGAACAGCUGGUAUCAAAGUGAUAAUGGUCACUGGUGAUCAUCCAAUUACGGCUAAAGCAAUCGCCAAAGGUGUUGGUAUAAUAACUAGUGAUACAGCUCAAGAUUUAGCUAAACGAUUGGAUAUUCCUGUCUCAGAAGUUGAUCAAAAAGAUGUGCGUUCAAUUGUUGUCAGUGGAACGGAGUUAGGUGAAUUAUCAUCACAACAAUUAGAUGAGAUAUUAAUCACUCAUAGUGAAAUUGUAUUUGCACGUACGAGUCCACAACAAAAAUUAAUUAUUGUCGAAGGGUGUCAACGACAAGGAUGGAUUGUGGGUGUGACAGGUGAUGGUGUCAACGAUUCACCAGCAUUGAAAAAAGCCGAUAUUGGAAUAUCAAUGGGAAUUUCUGGAAGUGAGGUUAGUAAACAAGUAGCCGAUAUGAUAUUGUUAGAUGAUAAUUUUGCUACAAUUGUGAUCGGCGUAGAAGAAGGCCGUUUAAUAUUUGAUAAUUUAAAAAAAGUCAUUGCAUACACAUUUACAAAGAAUUUAUGUGAAUUAUUACCAUUUCUUCUCUACGUAGUAGCGGAUGUUCCAUUAGCAUUAUCGACAAUCACUAUUUUAUGUAUCGAUCUAGGAACAGAUAUUGUUCCAAGUGUAUCAUAUGCUUAUGAGAAAUCUGAAGCCGAUAUUUUAAAACGUCCGCCACGAAAGAAAACAGAUAAAAUGGCUACAUCUCAAAUGGUAUCCCUGUGUUAUGGUCAGGUGGCAAUGAUCGAAGCGAGUGGCGGUUUUUUUGCUUAUCUUGUAGUAUUAGCUGAAAGCGGUUGGUGGCCAUCGCGAUUACUCGGAUUGCGUGAAGGAUGGGAGAGUACGAAAUGUAAUGAUUUGAGAGAUUCAUAUGGUCAAGAGUGGACAUAUGAACAACGACAUAAUUUGGAUUUAAAUGCUCAAACAUCAUAUUUUAUCGGCAUUGUCAUCUGUCAAAUAGCAAAUUUAUAUGGUCAAAAGACAAUAAGACGUUCAGCAUUUCAACAAGGAAUAUUCAAAAAUAAAUUUAUGGUAUUUGCGGUUAUAUUUACAAUAGCCUUAGCCUGUGUUCUAUUAUAUGUACCUUAUUUGAAUCGUGCGUUGAAUCUAGCACCCAAUCGUUUCUUAUGGUGGUUACCACCAGUACCGUUCUUUUUUUAUUUAUGGGCAUUCAAUGAAUCACGAAAAUAUUUCAUUCGUAAAUAUCCUGGAAGAUUUCCAGCUCGAGAACUUACGUAUUAA